AUGAAGAAUCAUUUUCGUAAUCUUUAUUUAUUCGUUCUCGUGUCAACGGGAAUCACGGUUAUCAUGGAACCAAAUGAACAUUUGGAGGAUACCAAAGAGAAUUUGUUGAAUUUCAACGAGGCUUUCGGCACGUGUCUUUCGAAUAAAGAAUACGGUACCUUAGAGUGUGCGAAUCGUGCCACGCUCAGUGUUCUUCAAUCUUUUAACGAGCAGGACGAGCUCAAUUUUGGAAAUUUUCGUUUGGAGAGAGCCGAAGGUUACGGGCGAGAGUUGCUCGAACUCGAUUACGAUCCGAAUAAUAUUCAAAAUGUUUUUAAAGCUGCCGUCAGGCUAAUCGAACGUAGAAAUAUGAAAUGGAACUUGGAUCGUUUCUAUCCGGGAUUACGGAUGCGCGUAGGACCGAUGAUUAAUGCAAACGGGCUUUUAGAAUUUGUAUUGGACGAAAUACCACCUUCUUACGACGACAAGCAAUCCGGAACAGGAAGACAACUGACCAGACACCUGCUACCUUUCCUCAUGGGGUUCAAGUUCAAUCUUGUGUCUCUCAUACCAAUACUAUUCGGACUGUUGUUAAUAGUUUCGAAAAAGGCUUUGCUAUUGAUUAAAGUGGCACUCUUAAUUAGCAGUCUUCUUGGUUGGAAUUCGAUGUACAAUACGUCACCUGUUCAUAAUCCGUCUAUUUUUUAUGGGUUUAACGGAUACGAUCAUCCCUACGAGGAUGGUCAAAUUAAUACAGGUGGACAUUUUUACGAUCAUUAUCAUCAUCAUCAUCAUCAUCCUAAUUUUCAAUAUCGACCUUAUCGCGUACCAACAACUUCCAACGUUGAAUUUACACCGUACGAUCGACAUGUUGUCAGGGAAGUGGUCAAUGUUUACGAUAACGUUGAUAAGACUGAUCAAAACACUAGGGCUAGUAAAAAUUUUGCUUGGACGGCAAAAAGUUGA